AAUAAAUAGUAACCAACUGAGACGCUAGAUGGCAGCACGAGCGAAUUAAAGCAUUCCUGUCAUAAUUCAACGGCCAAAGUUCGUUGUCAUUGGAUUGUCAUUGAAAGAGGUCACAGAAGUGGUGUGCAGUAAAAAUAAGCCAUUCAAUUUUACGGAGAUGACAAGUGUAACGAUAAAAACCCAAGUUCAUGUCGGUCAAAAGCCUGGUACGUCUGGACUGCGGAAGGCAGUAAAGGUUUUCCAACAGGAGCACUACACCGAAAACUUCAUUCAGGCAACCUUAAACGCACUCGAAGAUCGACUUUCUGGUUGUACCCUCGUUAUUGGUGGCGAUGGCCGUUAUUAUGGAAAAGAAGCAACCGAUAAAAUUAUUAAAAUUGCUGCAGCAAAUGGGGUUGGUAAGCUGAUCGUAGGUUGUAACGGAAUCCUGUCGACACCUGCAGUUUCCACGAUAAUACGAAAGUAUAAAACAUUGGGUGGAAUUGUUCUGACGGCUUCUCAUAAUCCCGGUGGUCCAAAUGCUGAUUUCGGCAUUAAAUUUAAUUGCGAGAACGGUGGCCCUGCUCCGGACAAUGUUACAAACAAAAUUUAUGAGAACACAACGACUUUAACAAGUUAUAAGAUCGUUCCUGAUAUCAAGGUGGACAUUGACAAAAUUCAAACGGUCACUUUACAAAUCGAUGGAAAACCAUUUACCGUCGAUGUCAUCGAUUCGGUAAAGGAUUACGUACAACUUAUGAAAGAAAUUUUUGAUUUUCCAUCCAUUAAGAGCUUACUGCAAGGAAGUCCACAAAGACCACCAUUUCAAGUUCUGAUCGAUUCACUGAACGGAGUUACCGGACCUUACGUCAGAGAAAUUUUUGUUAACGAACUUGGCGUUAACGAAUCAAACGUUGUACACGUAAUUCCACUGGAGGAUUUCGGUGGUUUACAUCCAGAUCCUAACUUAACGUAUGCAGCAGGUUUGGUAGACGCCGUUAAAAAUGGUACAUAUGAUUUUGGUGCGGCAUUCGACGGCGACGGUGACAGAAAUAUGAUACUUGGAAAGAAGGCAUUCUUCGUUACGCCUUCGGAUUCUCUGGCGGUAUUAGCUGCCCAUUUGGAGGCAAUUCCAUAUUUUCAAAAAACCGGGGUCAAAGGCUACGCCAGAUCCAUGCCAACGAGUGCAGCAGUCGACCAAGUAGCCAAAAAGACGGGUAUAUCAUUUUUUGAAGUGCCAACUGGGUGGAAAUAUUUUGGUAAUCUAAUGGAUGCUGGUCGUCUGUCCAUCUGCGGGGAGGAAAGUUUUGGUACCGGAUCGGAUCACAUUCGCGAAAAAGAUGGCAUUUGGGCAUGUUUGGCAUGGCUCGGUAUCGUCGCAAAACUCGGAAAAUCGGUCGAAGACAUCUUAAAAGAUCACUGGGUUCAGUACGGUCGAAAUUUCUUUACCAGAUACGACUACGAGAACUGCGAUGCCGACAAGUCUAACGACCUGAUGCAAGAUCUGGAAGCAAAGAUCAGCCAGCCAGAAUUCAUUGGCACGAAAUUAACCCGAGAGGAUAAGACCUACGUGGUUAAGAAGGCAGAUAAUUAUUCCUACACGGAUCCAAUAGACGGAAGCGUAGCUUCCAAACAGGGUUUACGUAUAUUCUUCGAGGAUGGGUCUCGCUUGAUCUAUCGUCUAUCCGGAACGGGGAGCUCGGGGGCGACGAUACGGAUCUACAUAGAUAGCUACCAAACGGAUCCUUCGACUUUUGGAUACGGGGCGGAACGAGUGCUCAAACCUCUGGUCGACAUCGCCCUGGAACUGAGUAAACUAAAGGAAUACACCGGCCGCGACGCGCCAACGGUCAUAACGUAACUCGAAGACCGCCUCUCGUUGGACAUUGUCAAGGUUUCCCCAGGAGGAAGAACCAAAGGCCUCAGGUUAAAACGGCGGGGGCAAGAGGUGGCUCUGAAUCUCCCGGACCGAGAGGGAAUCUUCUUACGCUCUGGUGUAAACUAUGAUUCGCAAAAAAUAUCUUCAUCACC